AUGGAACAAAUGACCAUCCUUGGUCUGCAUAUGACCAGGAGCCUCAUUUCUUUCCCAGGACGCCUGUUACAGGUCCUGCUGGUGGCCCACUUUGCCGCAUGUGACCUCUUUAUCCUGACAUCCAUGUCCCAUGACCGCUGUGCAGCCAACUGUCUCCCGCUGCAUUACGACAUCAUGAUGAGCAGGAGAAGAUUUCUCUCUAUUUCUUUCCCCGGAUGUGCACUGCAAGUCUUACUGGUGAUACACUUUGCAGGGUCUGAGGUGUCCAUCCUCACCGCCAUGUCCUAUGACCGCUAUGUGGCCAUCUGCCACCCCCUGCACUAUGAGGUCAUCAUGAACAAGACAGCAUGUGGGAAGUUGGCAGCUGCCUGCUGGGUCCUUGGAGGAUUCUUCGGAGGUCUAUAUGCCACUGGCACUUUCUCUUUAUCUUUCUGUGGUUCCAGAAGAGUCCCACAGUUUUUCUGUGAGGUUCCCUUAUUAUUAAAGAUUUCUUGCUCUAAAGAUCAUAUCACUAUUAAUGUCAGUGUGGCCAUUGGGAUAUUUUAUGGGUUUUUUUGUUUACUUGCCAUUGUUUUCUCAUACAUCUAUAUUUUCAAUACAGUGCUAAGGAUCCCAUCUGUACAAGGCAGGUCACAAGCUCUCUCCACCUGCUUUCCCCAUCUCAUGGUUGUGUCCACCUUUCCCCUGACAGGAGCCAUUGCCUACUUGAAACCAGUGCCUGAGUCCCCAUCUCUCCUGGACUUGCUGCUCUCAGUGCUGUAUGCAGUGCUGCCUCCCUCUCUGAACCCCAUUAUCUACAGCCUUAGGAACAGAUAAAUCAAGGCAGCCCUGAGAAAGCUCCUGUGGAAAAUAGGUGGCAGUGUG